AUGACCGGCUCCGUGUUGCGACUACUCGGAGUUCUGGCACUGAUUCCACUCUGCCCGGCCUUCAGUCGACCCAAGUUCCAGCUGGAGGCGCCUAAGCCCAAGCUCGAAGCAGAUGGUGUAAAGGCUGAGCAAACUCCACCUCAGCUAACUCCGGAGGAGAUUCCAAUCGCAAGGCCCUUGCUGCAGUGGCCGAACUGGAAGCGCUCGCACGAACACAUUUGCAGCUUGUUUCCUGGUCUUCUUUGCUCGGAUUCUUUGGCUCCGGCCUUCAAGGUCUCCAGCAUGGCCACGCUGGACUUACGGGAGGACAUGCUCGGCAUCGGCUCUGGCUGGUUCGUCCUGGCCGUCCUUCCCUGCGCAGCCCGGGGUCUCUUCGGUCUCGCUCGCAACCAGGAAGCCCCAAAAGACAGAGUCGACAGAGCCGCUGCAGUGGCACCUUCUAGGGAGGUUGCGUUUAUCCAUUGGUGGAGCUGCGGCCCACAGAUCACAAUGGCAUCACUGAAAGUCUUUCUCGCAGCCCUGCUUCUACUCGAACUCUUGGGCUUGCAGGCGCCGCAGACGAACGUCUUCGCCCUGCCUGAGACUAUCCGGCGAGUACGGGCUCACCCCUACGGUAAGACGCUUGAGCUAGGCUUUCACUCAGGUUUCGCCAGUGGCGACAUAGACCUGAUGCCCCGGCUGACGUACAUUUUCAUGCCAAGCUUGAAUGAUGCCACGGCAGACAGCUAUGCCACAGUCUUCUCGAUCCUGCGGGCGUCGGUGCUGGUGUCCUGGUGUGCCUUCCUUGCCCUGCCAGGCGCCUGGACGGCCUCAUGGGGCUGCUUUCUUUGGGGAGUUGUGGUCUACGUGGUCAUGGCUGCUUUGGGAUCGAUGUUCCAGCCAGUUUGCGUGUCUCUUUGCACCUGCUAUUUCCUGGUGGCAGCAGCCUGCGUCUUGCCUUCCCUGGAGAAGAGCCCUAGGGCGCGGGGCUGGCUUGGUAUGUUUCUCAUGAACAGCGCCCUCAUUCCGUUCUAUUUCUCUUCCGGGCUGUCAAAGCUCCGAUAUGCAGGCUGGGGCGCCAUGCUAUCCGGAAGCUGGACGACGCAGGCAUUGCAGCAAGGUUUAUCGAGGUCUGUCCUUCCAGGCUUCACCGCAUGGAUCCAGAAGACUCCUGUGGCUAUGGCCAUCAUGUCUCUCGGUGUGAACCUGGUGGAGUUCUUGCUUCCUUUGUCGCUGCUCUUUCUCGCCAGCUCCAGCUCUGAUCUUGCCCUCUGGUUGCGAUCUUCCUGGAUCCUGUUGGUGACGUUCUUUCACAUCGCCACCAUUCUGGUCGUCGGUCCGAAUUUCUCCCGCCAACUUCCACUGUUGAUGAUGCUUCUGCACGCCUGUUGGCGUCCGGUAAGGAGUUCCGAUGCAGAAGCCAUAGAACCAGGGCAGAUGAAAUCUUGGCGAUGCAGGGUGGGCUUCGCAACUGUGCUUCUGGCUUUGUGGAUGUGUAACCAGUUAUGGUCAGACAUCGACCAUCUGCGAGGUGCAACACCCCACGACUCUCAUCACGACAUGCAGUGGCCACUACCGGAAAUGUCCAUGUUCGUCUCCCCCUCCGCGUCGACCAACUACGUCCGCUCCCUGUGCCUGGAGAUUGUCAUUGUGGCGGGACUCUCGUGCAAGAUCUAUUCAGACAUUUCGCAGACCUCCACAGCUGUCAAGGCUUAG